CUCUUUUUUGAAUUAGUGGAGAGCGAAUUCCAACUCCUCUCUCUCUCUCUCUCCUCUCUCUUUCUAUGAUUCUUUUGAGCCAAAGCUUAAGAUCUGAGUUAGGUUUUAGGUUUUGGAUCGGAAUUUUGAGGGAGUAGGGCUGUUGGGGGCCUUUAUGAUUCCGAGGCCUCUGAUGAGAAGAAAACCAAAAUGGGGGGAGUCACUUCUUCUAUUGCCGCUAAAUUCGCUUUCUUCCCGCCUAAUCCCCCCUCUUACACUGUAAUCGCCGACGAAUUCCGUGAUGGCCGCUUAUACAUUCCCGAGAUUCCCAGACGUGACGAUGUUGAUGUUCUUCGUCUUCGAACUCGUCGAGGGAAUAAUAUUGUGGCUGUUCAUGUUAAACACCCUAAACCCUCUGCUACUCUGCUCUAUUCCCAUGGGAAUGCUGCUGAUUUGGGCCAGAUGUUCGAGCUUUUUGUCGAAUUGAGCGCUCGGCUUCGUGUUAAUCUUAUGGGGUAUGAUUAUUCUGGCUAUGGACAAUCAACUGGAAAGCCAACUGAGUGUAACACAUAUGCAGACAUUGAUGCGGCAUAUAAAUGCCUCAAGGAGAAUUAUGGGGUAAACGAUGAACAACUAAUAUUAUAUGGUCAAUCUGUUGGUAGCGGCCCUACUCUUGAUCUUGCGUCACGAUUAUCAAACUUGAGAGGUGUAGUUUUACAUAGUCCAAUCUUAUCUGGACUGAGGGUAUUGUACCCUGCCAAACGGACUUAUUGGUUCGAUAUCUACAAGAACAUCGACAAAAUUGGUUUGGUGAACUGUCCAGUUUUAAUCAUACAUGGGACAGCUGAUGAAGUUGUUGAUUGGUCCCAUGGAAAGCAGCUGUGGGAGCUUAGCAAGCAAAAGUAUGAACCACUGUGGAUAAAUGGAGGUGGGCAUUGCAAUCUUGAGCUAUACCCCGAGUUCAUUAAACAUUUAAAGAAAUUUGUACAGUCACUUGGAAAAUCAAAAGCAUCAACAAAUGGAUCUGAGAAAGCUAAAGUAGAAUCAGACAACCAGAACAAACCAUCUGAAACUGGGUCUUUAGAUACGUUCAAAAUGGUUGCAGAUGUUCCCGAAGUUUCCCGAAAUAGUUUAGAUAGUCGUCUUGAGAAGUCGAAAAAAGCAAACAAGCCUGAGAAAUCUCGUAUGAGCACUGAUCGUGUCGAUAGGUUUAGGAAAAGAAAAGGCUUAGUAUGGUAAUCGAUUAUAUCAGUUCAUCACGAAAUAAGCCAUGCACUAAUCUUAACUGUGACCCCUUCUAUAAUUGUUUGUGAUUCCUUCUUGAACUUUUCAUUUAUAUCCCUUUUGUACAAACAGCAACAAGUUUUUGCAGAUCAAUUAUUGGUUAGAUGGAUUUCCCUCUACACCUUCCCAUUCAA